AAGCAGCUCCAAAUAACGCGUGGUACGCUCGGAAAAGUCCACCGCACGAUAGAGGCACACACAUGCAAAUCAAACAGAGCAAGGUAGAGUUCAAACCGAGACAAACUGGGAUCUUGUGGAGCUGAUUUUGAAGCGUAAAGGACACGAGAAAGACAAGUGCUGGAGCUGUGGCCGGGUACAGUGACAGGAUGCCUUCUGAUGUCCUGUGUUUGGACGAUUCGGGAGAGGGCAGAGGGCAUUUAGAGUCGUAUCUGUGAGGCCGUCUGCCGGGAAAUGUGCUGACAUCAGAGCUUUGCAUUUUAAACCGGAGGACAGAGGCGGAUGAGGAGGAUGCUGCAGUGACGAUUCAAAAGAAGCUGGCUUUACAUAGAUUAUAUCAGGCUGUCAGUGUGGAGUAGUGCUGGAGGCUGCGGGGCUGCCGUGUGCUGUGGGAAGUUUUCCUGAGAGUGCAGAGUGGCAGAGUAGCAGUCACUCACAGAGAGACACUUGUGCAGAAAGUGGACUGGCGCUCUUUCACGGAAGGAUAUAAAACGCAGUCUCACACCUCCGCCUCUUUGCACAGGCGUGUUCGUUGUGGCUGCGCCUCAGGGAAUUGAAGAAGGCGGGUGUCUGGGGUUGGCGCUGGAGUGAUGGUGGUGGCGUGGCUGCCUCAGGAGUGGGCCUGGCAGGCUGUUCUCCUGGUAACGGGACUGGCAUCACUGAGCCGUGGGUCUGAUGCCAACAUGUUGGACACCAUGCUGCUGAAGAACGGAUGGAAGGGGGACUCGGAUCGGAGGGCGGAGGAGAGCAGCAGCAGCAGCACAGCCACAGUCUCAGCUCAGAACAUGCUUUGGUGUCACUGCUACCACCACUGCCCCGACGACUCUGUCAACAACACUUGCAUGACUGAUGGUUAUUGCUUCACCAUGGUGGAGGAGGAGGAGGGGGGUCUGGCAGUACUCACAGCAGGUUGUCUGGGUCUUGUCGGCUCCGAGUUCCAGUGCAGGGACUCGUGGAAUGCACGUUCGAGGAGAGCUCUGGAGUGCUGCACAGAUCAGGACUACUGCAACAGAGACUUGCAUCCUACUCUUCCUCCGCUCAUGACAUCAGAUUAUGUCGACAGCAGUAUCCAGUACAUGGCUCUCUUCAUUUCAAUCACAGUCUGCAGCAUCAUCCUAGGUCUCAUCCUCGUCUUCUGCUACUUCAGAUAUAAGCGGCAGGAGUCACGACCACGCUACAGUAUCGAUCUGGAGCAGGAGGAGACCUACAUCCCCCCUGGGGAAUCCCUGAAGGACCUGAUAGAGCAUUCCCGCAGCAUCGGGUCUGGCUCUGGGUCAGGACUCCCUCUACUGGUACAGCGCACCAUCGCCAAGCAGAUCCACAUGGUUAAGCAGAUUGGAAAAGGGCGAUAUGGAGAGGUGUGGAUGGGCAAGUGGAGAGGAGAGAGAGUGGCUGUGAAAGUCUUCUUCACCACAGAAGAAGAGAGCUGGUUCAGAGAGACUGAAAUCUACCAGACCUUCCUCAUGAGACAUGACAAUAUACUGGGAUUCAUCGCAGCAGAUAUUAAAGGAACCGGCUCGUGGACUCAGCUCUACCUAAUCACAGACUACCACGAGAACGGAUCUUUAUACGACUACCUCAAGUCUAACACCUUAGACGUCAAGGCUCUGCUGAAACUGGCCUACUCGUCCAUAUCGGGCCUGUGUCACCUGCACACUGAGAUCUAUGGCACGCAGGGCAAGCCGGCCAUCGCACACAGAGACCUGAAGAGUAAAAACAUCUUGGUGAAAAAGAACGGAUUCUGCUGUAUAGCAGACCUUGGACUGGCUGUCAAGUUUAACAGUGACACCAAUGAGGUGGAUAUCCCUCCCAACCUACGAGUUGGUACCAAGCGCUACAUGCCGCCUGAAGUGCUGGAAGAGACCCUGAACAGGACGUACUUCCAGUCUUUUAUAAUGGCUGACAUGUACAGUUUUGGCCUCAUCCUUUGGGAGAUGGCGCGACGUUGCAUCUCCGGAGGUAUUGUGGAGGAGUAUCAGCUGCCCUAUCACGACCUUGUGCCCACUGAUCCGUCCUAUGAGGACAUGAGAGAAGUCGUCUGCAUUAAGAAACAAAGACCUUCGUUUGCUAAUCGCUGGAGCAGUGAUGAGUGUCUACGGCAGAUGGGAAAGCUGAUGUCCGAGUGCUGGGCUCACAGCCCGGCCUCUCGCCUCACAGCUCUGAGGGUGAAGAAGACCCUGGCGAAGAUGUUAGAGACUCAAGACAUCAAACUGUGACAAAGAGCUAAGAGAGGCGCUCUUCUCAUCACCAGAGACUUGUCACUGCCACUGGCACAGCGCCACUUACACUGGCCAAUAAGAAGAAAGGGAAGAAAAAAAAAAAGAGACUGUGAAAGAUAGGACAAAGGAAACUGACAGCGAGGAUGAGUGAUGGAGAUAACAGCCGACGGGGAGCGAGAGAAAUGAGAGGCAAAAGAUUUAUUAUGUCAGGGGAGAUCUGGCCUCCCACCGUCUGAGCCGCCUCUGCCUCAGACCAAAUGUUCAGGUUGUGCUUUCUGUGAAAGCUGAGUGGUUGUCGGGUCCCGACGGUCCAGGUGGGCGCGCUGACGGGGACCCUCGCAGGAGAGGAACACUUAAAUCCCUCUGAUGAGUUCUAAACAGCGGGAGCUCCUGCUCUGCCCUGAAAGCCAUACAGCAGUAUUGUAUGUGCAGUCUUUUGUACUGUCACAGCUGCCUUUGUGUUUUAGUUUUUUGACUCAGUCACUGUCAUCCAUCCAAAGAAAUGUCUAGUUCAUGCUCAGUGACGUCAUUGUCAGUGAUAUUAUUAUAAUUAUUAUUGUUAUUAUUAUUAUUAUUAAUGAACUGAAGUAAGACUAAAUUAAUGGUAUAUAUAUAUAUUUGUCCAGCAGCAACAGAAAAGACAGAACAUUUACACAAGUAAGACUUAAGCAUCAGACUCUUAUGUCACUGAUGAAUUUGUGAGCUGAGACCUUGCUCUUCCUUCCCAUUAUGGUUCAUUUGUACAUAAUGGAGCUGAAAUCGAUUGAUAUUAUUGUCUUGCUGGAUGUUAAAAUGUGUUUUUGAUGAUUUAUCUGUGUACAGAAUUAUGUCCCGUCCACUCUACCACUAUGGCAUGUGCCUUAUUUAAUCUGUACAUAUGUGAUUAAUGAGAGUGUAUGAGUGGAUCUGGAUAACAUUCCCCAAUAAAAUGUCUAAGCGUCUCCAAGGCUGGUCUAUUU